AUGCUCUCGCUGCUGAAGAACGCUGAGGCCAACGCUAUUGAGAAGGGUCUUGACCCCAACAAGAUGGUCAUCAAGCACGUGCAGGUUGAUGAGGCUGCCCGCAUGCGCCGCCGCACGUUCCGUGCCCACGGCCGUAUCACGCCCUACAUGUGCAGCCCCUGUCAUGUGCAGCUCUUCAUGACGCAGCCGCAGGAGCGCAUUCCCGUGCCGAAGAGUCAGCCCAAGAAGUAG